AUGAAUGACGGACGACGUGACAUUAUGUGCCUCUUUGCCUUUAUGGCAUCGCAUGUGUAUUUGUUUCUCUGUAGCCUAUAUCUUCCCCGUUUUGAUUUCACUAUGUCCCGUGUACAGAAGCAUGAAGAAUCCGGUGUAGUGUGCUAGUUGUUGUUUUUUUGUGUGCGGAAGUCACCUUCCUUUCUACUUGGGACCUCUAUUCAAGUUCUUCUCGCCUAUCUCUAUUAGGGGGUUUGUACGUGUGAGGGGCAACCGCAACAGGGCGAAUCAUACUAGUUCAGUGUUUCCCAACUCCAGCGGUAGAAGUAGCCUACCCCCAACAGGACCCAUUUUUCUUGUAGGCCUGGACAGCCACAGCUGACUGAACAACCUGUCACCUAAUUACCAAGUCCUCAAUGAGUAGAAUCAGGUGCAACAACAACGACAACAACAACAAUAUGAGGACAGGGACACAGUGUACUAGCUGAUCUCCCAGUUGUCACAGUUUGGCCUUGUGUUCCACAUAGCCUAUAUCAGUAUUUGAGAAUGUUUCCCGCGCACGUUAGUUGCUUUCACGUCAUCUUUGGAGAACCCCUAUCGCUCCUCCCUAGUCCCCUAGAACGAGCGCCCUCCCCUUUGCAACGCCUCCAAACAUAUAACAGAGGCGCGCUUUCUGUGCCGCUGGCCUCAAUCAGGUCGACCAAACGCAGAUAAUAGCGCACCACGCACCGGCGCUGAAGUCAUUCAUUCACUUGAACUCAACUAGCGAACACACCAUGUCUGGAAGAGACAAAGGCGGCAAGGGACUCGGAAAAGGAGGCGCCAAGCGGCACCGCAAAGUUCUCCGCAAUAACAUCCAGGGAAUCACCAAGCGCGCUCGAUCUGCCGUCUGGCUCGCCGUGGCGGCGUAAAGCGUAUUUCCGGUCUGAUCUACGAGGAGACCCGCGAUGUCCUGAAGGUGUUCCUGGAGAACGUGAUCCGUGACGCAGUCACAUACACCGAGCACACCAAGAGGAAGACCGUUACCGCCAUGGACGUGGUCUACGCUCUGAAACGGCACCCUCCUUGUUGA